AUGGCACGCCAUCGACGCUCGCUUGAUGCGGGCGAAUCUGAUUCCGAUUUUUCGCCAGAGAUUGAGAGCUGCUUCAACGAGGAAGAAGUGGAUCUGUCUGGUGAGGAAACUGAGACGACGGACGUUGACCUCCAGGACAAUGAUGACUUGGACAUUGAGGAUCAAAUCCAACUCUUUGGUGGAAAUAUACACCCGCCUGAAUAUUACAGGAGAGGUAUAGAAGAAUUCAAUGAAAGCUCUUUUGUUGGCGAGGACUACAGCCCCGGGAGUACAAUACUCUUGGACGCGAUAGAGUUGCAGUGGCAGCAGUUUUGCAAUGAAGUUCUAUCGCGUGACCCUCACGCGUGCUUCGAGUCGAUCUCCGUAGGCAUACUCUAUAAAUUCUUUGAAUGGCGGUUGAACCAAAAGGCAGGCAAGGACGGUAGAAAAUUGAGAGGCACCACAAAGAGCAGCUCGUUGGGCACAGCCUGGAAAGUCUUCCGACUUGUAUAUGAGAGGGCUGUCGGUGCGAAGCUCGAUACAAAAUUGAAUCGCAAUAUGCAUAAGGUUCUCCGAGAGCUUGCAAAAAAACACGCACUAAGCGACCAGAAGAGAGCCAAUCGCUGUAUGACUAUCAACGAUUUGAAGGAACAGAUCGAGACGACGCUAAAUACCACAAGGAAAUCGUUUGACCUUGGAGAACACCGAAUUCUGGCUGUGCUUUUCCUUCUCCUGUUGGCUCCCGCCGGCUCUCGCCCUACGUCAAUCCUACGACUUCGCUUUGGGGACAUCCGAGUGGCUUUGGCGAGAGACCCGGAAGGCGGACCGCACAAGAUCUUAAUUCGGUUCACGUUGGAGUUCACGAAGUCAUACCUUGGUACUAAGGAUGCCAAAACAUUUACCAUCCCUGAGAUGAUGUUCGAUCCAUCCUUGCUCCUCAGCCCCCACGCCUUUCUGCUGGGCAUUUUAUUUCGGCACCAAGCAUUUCGCGCAUCUCACCUCACCUCUCCUAGGCAACUAGAUGAGCUAGACAUACAUCCUGGUGAGCGAGAGUUGUCUUUGCCUCUAAGAAAUGACCUAAAAGAGGUCCGCAUAUUCCGCCGCGCUGUCAAAACAUUGACGGGGUACGAAAUGUCGGCUACGAAGACCAUCACCAAUGGUAUGAUCGCGAGCUGGAUUAAAAGAGUGGGUGAGAUCAUGGGACUUCAGUACGAAACAAUACCGUACAGCCUGCGUUACAAUGCAGCCAAUGAGUUUGACCAAAGCCCCAACAUGAGUGAGGCACUCAGGAACUUAUCCCUUGACCACGCCAACUCCGUCCCUUUCCAGAAGCACUAUCUUGGUCGGAUUGUCCGUGCUGAUCCAUGGGCCAUUAUUCGUCGCGAGAAGCCACAGCAGGCGCUUAUUGAUCAGGCUUGCAGCAUUGGUCACUCGAUGAGCAAACGGCGGCCAACAGGCCUCACAGCUGAGCAAACGGCGUCUGUCGUAUCCGAUCCCCAUGUUCGACGGCUUACAAUCCAAUUACGCAAAUUGCGCCCAAGAUCUGAACGGCACAAGAAAAUCCAGCGCGAGCUGCGAUCAUUAAAGCAGAAGCUGAAAAGGGAACUGAAACAGAAGAUUCGAGAUGACUGGACAGAUGAACAGGCUGUGGAUGACAUUGAACGCCAACUCCAAGGCAUCGGCUUCGCAGAGCCAAUGGUGGAUGACGCAAUUCGGCCUCAGCGGCCGGCUCAAAAGUUGCUGGUGAAGGCACUCACAGCUCCAGUCGGUGAUACUCUGGAGGGACAGUACCAGCGCAGGGAUAACGCAAUUGAAGCCAUAGUUGCAUAUUGCAGCGUUGAGGAAGGGCCCACUGUACGACGGUGUAUUUCAUCGACGACGGUGUCACGCGAAAACAUUCAUGAGCCUUCGGAAGGCGACCCUCUGUUUCUCGCUACUGUGUCUGUUUUUGUUGAUAAUCCGAAAGAGAGGCCAAGGAGGUGUUUUCUGUGCGUUGGCGCCGCGCUAUCAUUGCCACGAGACGACCCUCGUGUGGAAGACAAGAUUGGAGAAUUCUAUACGCCGGGAGAUUUGAGUAAACACUUCCGUCGAAGACACUUAUCAAAAUUGCGAGAUAAUGAUCGGCCAGUGUGUCAGGUCUGCGAUAUGACCCUCUCUCAUAAGAUGCAUCUGCAAAAACAUGCUAUUGUAGUUCAUGGAACGGUCUCCUGA